AUGAAAACCCCCAAAAUUUUUGCAAAGUUUGACUUCGGUGAAGGUGCACACAUUCCAAAAGCGAUACACAUUCAGUGCUCUAACCUUUAUAGGCAUUGGAGAGAAAGGUUGAAGGCUGACCAUUUUACAAAGUGCAAAAGUUUGAAAGAAGCAGAACGUGCUUGUCCAGCAACUAUAGACCUUACCCAAUGGAGGUGGCUUAUAUAUAAUUAUUGGGGCAAUCCUAAACAGAGGGAAAAGAGUGAAAAGAAUCGGGCGAAUGCUCUUUCAAAGAAGAUUAAGUCCGCAUGUGGUGCCAAAUCAACCGCUAGGAUAAUUUAUGAAUUGGAACUUGAGGCAGAAAAUGAGCAGGAGGUCAAUGAAGAUGAGCAUGAGGUCAAUGAAACUAAUGGUGAUCCUAUAUAUUUGAAGCUAUGGGAAAAGUCAAAGAGGCAUAAAAAUGGGAAGUUUGACGAUGAGGCCGAAAUCAAGUACAAGGCAUUUAAAGAGUUACAUGAAAAAGAAGUCAGAGAGAAAGGAGCUGACAAACUUAUUUUGGAUAUUGCCUACAAAGAAGUGCUUGGAUAUCGUCCGGGUUAUGCACAUGGGUUAGGUAAAGGUCACCCUGUGUUAUCCAAGGAUGGGAAGAAAGGAAGAGCAGAGCUAGAAGCUAAUGUGGAGCAUCUGCAGAAUGAAAAUAGCAUGAUCAGAGCAGAAUUUGAGUCUCAUAAACUGGAGGCUAAGAAGAAACAGCAAGAAUUAGAACAAAAGCUUCAGUUAAUCAUGGACAAGAUUGGCUUGACAUAAAUAAGGAAAUAUGGUUUUUUUGGCCUUGACGAGUUUGCUGAUCGGUACAUCUUCUUUCGGAGUCCAUCUUUUGUUGCAUGAGAAGUUGGUUUUCCUGUUAACUUCACAUACUCAGUUAUGCUUAGGAGCUUUAUGAAGUAAGAACUAUUUUGUAAUUAGGAUGUAAAGUCAUUGCUUGCUGCAGUCAGGAAAUUCGUCUUUUUGGAGGCUGUAAAAGAAACUUUCGAAAGCAAUGUGCAAUAUUUGAAAUAGUUUAUGGAAUGAAUUAUUUCUAUGUCAGGUUCCUGCC